CAUACUUUUUUAUAAGGUCUUUGAAACUUUUGUAUGGAUCGACACACUUACCGCUGGCACAUAAAUCUCUUCACAAAAAAACAUGGUACAUUGGAUGGACGCUCCCUGUGUAGAACGAUAGACUGUUGUUUAUCUUUAUCCAUUUAAUCUCUAGUAGAAUUUAGGUGACAAUAAUUUAACAUGUUUUAUCCUCUUGACGGCAAACAGAAUAAAUUUAGUGAUUAGUGAACCUUUUAAUGACGUGCAUUUGUGUGUUGAACAUAAGAAAAUAUGCUGCAAAACAUCGACUUGACGAACUUGGAGUUCGAAAAACACCUAGGAACUGGCUGUUAUGGAGGUCACGUGUGCCUCUUCCGGAACAAAAAGGACAAACGAAGCCGCCGCAUCGUGGUAAAAUCUAUCCCCUACAGCAGCCCGGAUUACGCCUACCAGGCGGUCCUCAAGGAGCACACCAUCCUAUCGCAGAUCAACCACCCGCGCAUCCUACGCUACUUUGGGUUCUUCCAAACCGAGGACGCGUGGAACAUGCUGACGGAAUUCGCCGAACGUGGCAAUCUGGCCGACUUCCUGGAGCGGCGGGCGCAACGGAACGAAUUCCUUUGUCAACGAUCGGUGAUGGCCAAGUUCGGCGAUAUGGCCGAAGCGCUGCAGUACUUGCAUCAACGGAAAGUGAUCCACCGGGAUUUGAAACCGGAAAACGUGCUGAUCGAUGCCGAUAACCGGCUGAAGCUGGCUGAUUUUGGGAUAGCUAAGAUUUUUACCAAUGUGAGCCCUGAGGAUGAGUUGAAUAUGACGAUCGUGGGAACGCCGCUGUACAUGGCGCCGGAAGUGGCCAGCGGAAAGCCGUACGAUUAUAAGAGUGACAUUUGGCCGUUGGGAAUAAUUUUCUAUGAGCUGUGUAUGCUGGAACAUCCGUUUGUGGAGAAUUGCCUGACGGAAGGAAAGGACGGUAAGCGACGGUUCGUUACUCCAAGAAUAGACUGCUCGGGAAGGGGAUAUCAGGACGACGAUGGCGCUUAUCACCAUCAGACGCUUUGUGAGAUGAUGUUCCAGGUGGAUCCGAAGAAACGAUGGACGUUGGAGAAGAUUCUAAAGCAUGAUUCGCUGGUUCGAUUGAUGAAGAGGGAGAUGUGAUAUUUGAAGGGAUUAGUGAUUUUGCUUUAUAAUUUUGUAUAAUUUAUUUGAAGAAUGUAUCACAUUUCUUAGCGUUUAAUCUAAAGAAUGUUAGAAAUAGCCUGUCUUUGAGAAAGAGUAGAUCUAAUAAAAAACAGUUUUACAGAAUUAAACUUGUAACGAUACAUUUUGGGAAUAAGGUACAUGAAAUAUGCAUUUUUUUUAAUAUUUUAGCUCCAAAUGGAUGAAAUGCGAAAAAGUUUUGGCAGAAGUAAUAAGGUUAAAUUUUUAAAAUUAAUUCAUACACAACAUUAAAUGUUACAAUUUUUAGCUUUAUACUAGGCUUUAAGGCGAAACUGGCAGCAUUUUUUCAUUUUUUUUGGUUUUUGAUUUUUUUAUUAAAUAACGAAGCAACAUUUUCAAAAUCGGUUUUCGUACACAUGUAGAGUAUGGAUCAAGGAAUCUUCUGAAUUUUUUGUGGUGGAAAAUGUUUUCCAUUUUUGCAGAAACCAUUUUUAUGUGAAAUUUUGUUCAAAAAUGGUUUCUGCAAAAACGAAAAACAUUUUCGACAACAAAAAAAAAAAAUCAGAAGAUACCCUGAUCCAUACUCUACAUGUGUACGAAAACCGAUUUCGAAAAUAUUGCUUCGUUAUUUAAUAAAAAAUCAAAAACCAAAAAGUGAGGAAAUUCUUCCAGUUUCGCCUUAAAUGUCAGAUCAGACACAAUCAGAUUUUUUUCUAAAUUAUCCAAGUAGAUAAUAUUUUUGUUUAGCGCAAACAAAAAACUGAGCAUUCGAUUUUCUUACUUUUAACUAGUAGAAGGAAAGUUGAGGUUGAUUGUUUCUAUGGACUUAUCCACCAAUGAACAGAAUUCAUCGCGAUCCGAUAAUUUUAACACUAGAGUGGGGCCGCUUCCAAUCAGAAUUGAACAAUGCUGAUUGAAAAUGACCCCGCUCUAGUGUCAAAAUCCUCGGACCGCGAUGAAUUCGGUUCAUCGGUGGAUAAGUCCAUUGUCCAAAUGAACCCUAACGAAAUUUCUUCAGCCAACAAAAUUCAUUAACAAAUAGGAAAUAGACUAUGAACUUAUCCACCGAUGAACUCAAUUCACUCGGUCCGAGUUUUGAUUGCAAACGACCCCGCUCUAGUUUCAAAAUUCUCGGAUCGAGUGAAUGUUGUUUGAUAGACGAGUGCACCGAUGAACUGAAUUCAUUGCGGUCCGAGAAUUUUCACACUAGAACGCAGCCACUUGCGCAGCCAUUCCCAAUCAGAAUUGUUCAAUUCUGAUUGGAAAAUGUUCACCUCUGAUUGGAA